AUGCGAUUCUUCUCCGUCAUCGCUGCCGGCUUGGCUCUCUUUGCGGCUACCCCAGCCCUUGCCGGACCCACGACCCUGAAGUCUGUUGAGCGUUACCAGGGCGAGACCAGCGGCAGGUACAUCGUCAAGUUCAAGCCCGGUGUAUCUCGCAGGAACUACAUCAACCGCCUCAAGAUCAAGGCCGCUGCCGACUGGGACAUCCUCAACGGUGUCGCAGCCAGCCUUGACGAGGACACCCUCAACACCCUCCGCGCCUCUGAUGACGUUGAAUACAUUACUGAGGAUGGUAUCAUGACCAUCCAGGCCACUCAAUCCAACGCCCCUUGGGGUUUGGGCCGUCUCAACCAAGCUGGCCGCUUGGCUAACCAGGCCACUGGCUCCUUGGCCUUCAACUUCACCUACGACGACUCUGCCGGCGCUGGGGUCGAUAUCUAUGUUCUUGACACUGGUGUUCGCGUGACCCACAGCCAAUUUGGUGGUCGUGCUCGCUGGGGCACCUCCUUCGUCGGCGCAUCCACCGAUGGACAUGGCCACGGCACCCACUGCGCGGGCACUGCUGCUGGCUCCCAAUUCGGUGUUGCCAAGCGGGCCAACAUCAUUGCCGUCCAGGUUCUCAACUCCAGCGGCUCUGGCGCGACCUCCGGAAUUGUCUCCGGUCUCAACUGGGUGUUGACCCAGGCCCGCAACUCUGGCCGUCCCUCCGUCGUCUCCAUGUCGCUCGGCGGUAGUGCUUCGACCGCCCUCGACAACGCUGUUGCCCAGCUCACCUCUGCCGGUGUCCACGUCGUCGUUGCUGCCGGAAACUCCAACACCAACGCUGCCAACACCUCGCCCGCCCGUGCACCCUCUGCUAUCACCGUCGCCGCCUCCACCAUCGCUGACGCCAAGGCCUCGUACUCUAACUACGGCGCCAUCGUCGACGUCUGGGCUCCUGGUUCCAACGUCAUCUCUGCCUGGAUUGGUUCUGACUCUGCUACUAACAGCAUCUCUGGUACUUCCAUGGCCACUCCCCACGUCGCUGGCUUGGUUGCCUACCUCAUUGGUCGUGACGGAAACGUCAGCCCUGCCGCCAUGGCCACCAAGAUCAUCAACUCUUCCGUCAACGGUGCCCUCUCUGGUGUCCCCUCGGGCACUGUCAACCGACUCGUCCAAAUCCGAUGA